AUGCUUAAUGUAGAAUAUAGAGAGAACAAUCAAAGGAUGCGCGUAGUUAUAGUUGGGGCUGGUUUGUCUGGUCUUACUUUAGCUGUUUUCCUUCGUAGACUUAACGUCGAUUGCAUUGUUUUGGAGCAGGCACCGUUUCUUCAGGCACAAUAUACUCCCCCAUUCACCUUGUUUGCAAACGCUUUGAGCUGUUUUAAGGCUUUUGACAUAGACUUUUGCUUUAGUCCAGGAAAAGUUGAGCCGGAAGAGUUCUUUGGUAUUAAGGAUGAGAAAGGAAGAUGGCUCUCUCGCAUAAGAAACAGGAAUGUUUCCUUACGUGUACUUGGUUCACAGGACGCUAUCCCCCUCACGACAGCUUCGCCUGCCAAUAGUGAAUCCAUUGUCUCGAGACGAAUAGCAGAAGAUCGAAAGAUCGAAAUGGGGUUGGUACCUCUGCGAAAGACGCUACCGGCAUACUUCUUGAGAGAAUCACUUCGACGCAAUAUACCUGAAAUCAAGUUCAACGCAAGGGUUGUGGACCUUAUGCCUCACGAGGGGAUAAAGGGUGGAGUCUAUGUACUGAUGGAGGACGGCUCAUCAGAAUGGGGUGACGUUGUGGUAGGCGCCGAUGGAAUGUGCAGCACCAUUCGGAAGCUAUUGUAUCCAAACGAGCAUAUAGGGACCUGCUCUCAGUCUUUGGGGAUGCUGCAGAUCGACGGUUUUGUAAAGAUGCCUCACUGCCCAUUGGGCCUUGAACAUCCCGUGGUGCUAUGGGGGCAUCAGCGGACCUUGACGGUAGUGCCUCUUCAUCGAUAUGGCGACAAUUGCAUCGCUUUCACUGCUUCUCUUUACAACGCGUCUAGAGAAUUAAUGCAGUUCACGGAUAAUAUGACCAACGAGGAAGUUUUAGCAACAUCUCAACUGCUAAUGAAGCGCGAGUAUUCGUCCUUUUUUGGUGAGCUAGAAGAACUUCUUUCUCGGGCAAACCUUGCAUUCCCUACAGAGGUGCUGGAGGUCCCUGUAAUGCCGCGUUGGUACAAUAAAAGAGCGGUCCUUAUGGGUGAGGCAGCCCAUGGCUCUUUGCCUUGUUUUUUGAAUCAGGAUGCCUCCUUGUGCGUGGAGGACGCAGCAAUCCUGGCGACGGCCUUGCUGGAUGUGCCUUUGUCUCGUGAUUGUGGUUUUGAGUAUGCUUUUCAGCAAUACGAGUCUGUCAGGCGUGACCGUGUUGAGCGCUAUAUUCGUCAAUCACGCCGUGCUAGAAGAUUCACGACUACGCAUGCACUACUGCGCAACACGGUAUUGCGUUUGGUGCCAUCUUACUGCAUAAAUCUUUCACAAAAAUGGCUGUCAGGUUGGUCCUACAGUGCUCAGCAACUUGAAGUUGAUCCCAAAUCUGCUAUGGAGACGGCAUUCCGUUAG